GGCCUCGGCAUAGUGAUCCCUGUUUGGCUUCGCUCAUAGAAUAAGUGGACCUGCUCCUUCUGAACGUGGCCUCAGAAGGCAGAAAACUAUUCCCAGAAGCAGAGAAGGGAUGAGGACCCCGUGAAAGGCCAAGAGAUCAAAGAUGGAACAGCAAGACCCAGCUACCCCUGAAGUAGGACAUGACCCUGAUGCCAUCAAGAUUGAGACCCAUGCGGAGGAAUUCCUGGGGGAAAAUGUGCAGAAGAUCUUGGGGGAGAAUCCCCUCAGCUCAGAUGUGCAGUGCCAGCAGUUCCGGCGUUUCCGCUACCAGGCAGCUGAGGGGCCCCGAGAGGCUUGCAGCCGACUCCACCUUCUUUGCCGUGAGUGGUUGAAGCCAGAGCGACACUCAAAGAACCAGAUCGUGGACAAGGUGAUCCUGGAGCAGUUCCUGGCUGUCCUGCCCCCAGAGAUGGAGAGCUGGGUGAGGGAAUGUGGGGCCGAGACCAGUUCCCAGGCGGUGGCCCUGGCAGAAGGUCUCUUGCUGAACGUGGCAGAGGACGAGAAGCAGGCAGAGCAGCAGGUAAGAUGGCUGUCCCUGGUCUAG